AUGGGAGGAAUACUAGAUACUAGAGAGAACGUUGAUCUUAAAAAUGACUCAACGGUGAUACCUGCGGCCACUGAAUUAGAACUACUGAAGUCUUAUUAUGAGCGACAAAAUAAAACCGCGGAAAUAGAUAAUGUCAUGUGGAUUAUUUUUUUGUCAAAUGUUGAGUCAGCGCCAACAGUUUUAAAUUAUGAAAUCCGCAGUAAAUUAUUCGAGGAACAUGAAGACACAGAUCCUUAUUUAAGUAGCGGUUUUUUGGCGAUGCAAGUUGCCAUUGAAUCGACAUUCAACCAAAUCACUGCGUCAAAUAAUUUACCGUUUUCUGGAGAAGACCUAGUGAUCGGGCAAUUUCCUUACUACCGCAUCGAGUUUCCGAUAAUACCCUCGGCAGUGAGACCGAACAUAAGUCUAAUUUUUUACAUGACUGUAAUUGGAUUUAUCCUCAUUCCCAUGUCGGCUUUGACCAAAGCCAUUCACGACAAGUUCACGGGUUUUAAAGCUUUAAUGAGACUAUUGAAAAUAAACUCCGCCUUUCUCUAUCUCGGCUGGGUCGACUACAUUAUGAUAACUGGCGUUCCGGCUGUUAUUUUUUCCACCUGGAUUUUAGAUGCUAUUUAUUCACAGUCAAGUAUCGUGCUCGCUAUUUUUCUGCUCAUGUACAUAACGAUGUCAACAUUUUUCAUACUCGCUGUUGCAACUUUUUUCACUCAAUCCAUAAAAGCAGUACUUGCCUGUAUUCUUCUCUGGCUGACGAUGGCACACGUCACAAUUGUUCUUGACGAAUCGCUAAUUAAUUCCAAGUUGUACAUAAAAACCUUUUCCUUACUUCUGCCCCACAGCGGGUUACUUUACGGCUUGGCUGCAUUCACCUACAAAGAGGAUAUCGGCCAAGAAGUCCACACAAUAAAGUCACGUCUAUUCGAUAGUUUACACGACUUAGAAAAACCUGGUCAAGUUUCAAAUAAAAUUUCUAUAACAGCCGUAUUGAUAGCAUGGACUUUCCAUUUAAUUUUAUGGGGUUUUAUAGCCGUUUAUUUAGAUAAUAUUCAUCCGGGUAAAUUUGGAACAAAGUUACCGUGGUAUUAUUUGUGUAAAAAAAAUAACGGCUCACCAGACGACAUUAAUUUUGCCGUCCGCGGUAGCACUAAUUGGUCUUCUGUUGAAAGACCCCCGCAAUUUGUCAAACCUAAAGUCCGGGUAAAAAAAAUAACCAUAGAGUUCGGAUUUGAGCGGCUGCAAGUUUUGAAAGAUUUGUCUAUCGACUUUUACCCGAAUGAAUUCAGUGUAAUCCUCGGUCACAACGGAUCAGGAAAAAGCAGUUUAUUGAAAAUAAUAGCAGGAAUGUAUCAAGCGACUUAUGGAUCCGUGUACAUAGAAGGCCGCGAUUACAGUGACUUAAAAUCCCAAGAGAGAAAUUAUAAACCUAUUAUUGGUUACUGCCCUCAAGAAAACAUGUUAGUAAAAUACCUGAGUACUCAAGAACAUUUAUAUUUAUUCGGCAUGAUGAAAGGCAUGAGUUUUAGCGGAUCUAAAGAAGAGUCACGCAGAAUGAUCAAACUGUUUGGGUUAGAAGCGGAGAAAACAUUGAAAGUCAAGGAAAUAAGUUUUGGGGCAAAACGACGGCUUUGUUUGGCGAUCGCGCUUAUCGGACAUUCGGAAAUCCUAAUUUUGGACGAACCGACUUAUGGAGUGGAUCCGCAGCACAGGAAACGACUGUGGGAAAUCCUGGGUACUUUUAAAGGCAGAAAGACAAUUAUUGUGGCGACCAAUUCGAUGGAGGCUGCGGACACGCUGGCAGACAGAAUCGCGAUUAUCGCGAACGGGCGGAUUGAGUGCUACGGAUCAAAAUCUUAUUUGAAUAAACGUUAUAACAUAGGAUAUGAUCUGAGCAUGGUCAUAAAACCGGAUUGCGAUCUUAAGAGUCUGCAGAAGUUGAUACAAGAGCAUUCGCCUGAGCCGGUAAGUCUUAUGGGAAAAAUGGGGAUGAUGGUUAAUUUUAACGUCUCGAGGAACACGAGAUUCGCGCACUUGCUGAGCUUUUUGGAGAGCUACAAAGAUGACUUGAGGAUCAAUGCCGUUUCGAUGCAGCCCGCUACCAUUGAAGGACAAUUUCGCAGAAUUGGACUUGUGAGUCACUUCAGAGAACGCGGCGCCUGGUUUCCAAGUGACAAAUUUGAAUGGAUAGUCCAGCAAAGACGAAGAAAAUUGAUCCAAGAUAAAAAAAAAUGGACAAGAAUAGCCGGCGGUGCUCUACGUCGACAGCAACUUAUUGCAAUGAUUUACAAAAAAACAUUACACGUCAUCGCAUCAUGGAACCCAUACUUAUUUUCAAUUAUAUUUUCAACAAUAGCUCUAAUUUUAACUAUGAUUGUUUCUGGAUUGUCGAAAUUUCCUCACAUCCAUUCACCAGAAAUAAAAUUGAAUACCGAAAAUUAUACGCUGCAGAAUUUUUACCCGCUUGUUUACGUAGACGAUGACGAAAACGCUAAAAAUUUUUUCAAAAGCUUCGAUAGCACGUGUCAAAAAUUUAAUAUGAACCCUAUCCACGUCACUAAAAAUAUGACAGCGCUAGAUUUGAUGAUUCAUCCAGAACUUCACUCAAUAAGUUUCAGAGAAAGAUAUUUUAUGGCCAUGGACAUACUGAAAGAUAACAAAAUAGAAUUAUUGUACUCGCCAGUUCUAGUCCACAGCGGACCAAUAUCAUUAAAUUUAUUACACAACGCACUUUUAUUACACAACUCGGAAUCUCAGGAUACUCAAAUAAAUUUAAUGAGUCGACCGAUCAUGGAUCCUGACAACUGGCAGUACCGGAUAUCACACGGAAAAGGCAUCAAAAAUUGGGAAAACGCCGUAAUCAUAACGACUCUAUUCAUUCUUCUACCGACGAUUGAUCUGGGCGUAAGAGAGUCAAGAACGAUUGCUAAAUUAUUACAAUUGAAUACAAAUAGAGUCAGUACAUUUAUGUACUGGUUACCGACAUACUUUAUUGACAUUUCUAUUUAUUUGGUAUCGCUGCUCAUCACUUCAGUCGUCAGUUUCUCAGCCUAUCGGCAUGCCAUUGUCGUAUCACCAACUGUUAUGGCUCAAGUAUUUUUAAUUUUUUUGUGCUAUGGCGCAGCCGCGAUUUCAAUGGGAUACUGCAUUCAACUUUGGACAAAUCAAACCGGAAGAGUUUAUUUUUUUAUUUUGAUGAUUAAUUUACUGACGGCAAUUGUUAUUAAUCCGGAAAUGCUAUUUCCAUUUAUAAUGCACAAUAUAAAUCCAAAUGUACAAAAGUAUGCCGAAAUAAUAUUUCAUAUCUUUCCGCCGUACGUUUUCUCUUGUGCGAUUGGAAACUUUAUAGCCAUCAAACUGUACAAUAACGAGUGCGCCGAAGACAAUAAUUGCGAGAAUGAAUUCGCGAUGGAAGAUCCCUGUUGCUACAAUUGUGGAAGUAAAUUGUGCUACAAGCCAUUAAAUGAAUGGCUGGAAUCCCGAACGGAUCCUUUGUUUCAGCACUCGGUAGUUAAUGACGUUAUUAUAUUAAUUUCACAAGCUGCUUGCUUUUACCUGAUACUAAUUAUCUGCGAGCCAACCAACCGGAGAAAAUGGUAUACAAAUAAUUAUUGUAGAAAAACUACCAUUUCAAAGGACGAGGAUCUAAUUAAGGAGCUGAAAAUAAUUGAUGAUGUGAUUGAAGAGUACGAAAGAAACGAUUUUGUUAGUCCAGAAAAUGCCGUCAUUGUCAAAGGGCUUGCGGUUAAAUUUGGAAAAACGGAAACUGUUCAUGAUGUCAAUUUUCGAAUAAAUCGACGGGAAUGUUUUGGUAUUUUGGGAAUGAAUGGAGCAGGAAAAACUACAAUAUUUCGAGCUCUCGUCGGCGAAUCAGUCGCUAACAUUGAAAAAGCUUUGAUCUACGGUAUAAAUUCUUCGCUAGACGAUGAUCAAUUUUACGGAAUGGUCGGAUACUGUCCUCAAAAAGGCGGCUUGAUUGAUUUCCUAACUGGCCGACAAAGUUUGUACUUUUUCGCGGCUCUAAGAGGAGUCCCCUGGAAAAAUAUCCGCGAGGAAGUCGACAAAUGGCUCGACGUUUUUGAUAUGUUGGAAUUUGAAAAUAUUCCGCUGAAAAAUUGCGCUUGGGGUGUAAGAAGAAAAAUAUGCGUAUUGCAGAGUAUCAUCGGCGACUUACCGGUUCUGUUUCUCGACGAACCCUCGUCGGGAAUGGACAUCAUAGGACGCAGUGCACUAGAUGAGACUCUGUACCAACUUCGUGAAAUGGGCAGGUGCAUAUUUUUGACGACCCACAGUAUUGACGAAGCGGAAGCCCUUUGCGACCGCGUAGGAAUUUUGUCUGACGGUUACUUAGUCACCGUGGGUUCUUGUGAACGUCUUGUACAGAGACAGGGCAACAAAUUUAUCAUGAGGGUUAUACUGGAUCCACAAACGUCUUUAUAUACCGUUGACUUUAUCAUAAAAUCUAUCGAAGACGCGCUUUCUUCCUCAGUAUUUCUAGGCAGACAUCUUGAUGUGCUGUCAUAUGAAUUUGAAAAAACAGACGAACUUGAGGAUGUCUACAGUGUUCUCAAUGCCGUUAAAUUAAAACAUCCAGAAAUAACUGAGUAUUUUAUUAACCAGCAAAGUCUCGAGCAGGUUUAUCAUCAUCUUAGUAAAAUAAUUGAACAUGAAGAAACUGAACCUCUGUCUCGGGUACAGAAAUUUUUCGAUGCAAUUCGUCGUAUUGAACAUCGCAAUACUGUAACAUCGAUUUGAAUGUAACAAGUAAAUUAGAAUAAGUCAUGCGCAAGAAAUUUUUAAAUUACUCUGCCGAUAAGCGGUCAGCAAUUGGAUCUGCUUAACCAACGCAGGCGCACGUGGUCAGAUUUUUUGGAGCUGAUCUCUGUAGUA